GCAAGCACAAAUCCACCGCGCACGGCCUGGUCUCGGAGGAGAAGCUUCUAGCGGGAGAAGAGCUGGAACUGGCCAAGGUGGUCAUGCUCCUGCUUUACCAGGCGUCCAUGAGUGACAAGAUUCCUCGGGAGUGGAGCACAGUCGAAUACGACAUUCAGGCAGAGAUGGCCAAGUUCCUGAACUUCAUGCUGUACAACGAAGAUUGCCUCGGUGAGAACCUGGAGAGCUUUCUUCAAAAGAAAACGCCUCACUCAGCGAGCUUCUCUGGCUCCAGCACCAGCUCAGAGGAGACGACCCCACAGAAGCAGGAGGUGCACUUCUUGAAGCUGCAGAAGAUCGCCUCGUCCUCCAGCCUCAAUAAGUUUCUCCCCGGCUCCUCUACCUCCCCCAUGGGCGACAUCAUGCAGACCCCCCAGUUUCAGAUGAGGAGGCUGAAGAAGCAACUGGAGGCCGAAAGGGAGAAUCGGGACGAUCUUGAGCGCGAGUUGGCCGAGAAUCGCAAGCUCAUUGACGAGAAAGAUACGAAGAUCCUGGUGAUGACGCAACGGAUUGACCGCCUGACCCGUCAGCUAGAGAGGCAAGCGGCUGAUCAGAUGGAGCCCAAGGAGAUGGAGGAGCUCCAGGAAAAGAAUGAAAGCCUCCUCUUACGUCUGCAAGAGACCUUGAAGCAGUGUCAGGACCUGAAAACCGAAAGGGGCCAGAUGGACCGGAAAAUCAACCAGCUCUUGGAGGAGAAUGGCGAUCUCUCUUUCAAGCUUCGGGAGUUGGCCAGCAACCUCAUGGGACUGCAGGAAGCCAUGAACGAGCUCUCCACGGAACACAACACAGCCCUACGGGACUGGGAGGAGAGGAGGAGCCACCUGGAGAAAGACCUCCACCAAGCCCUCAGCGAGAAGAAAUGCUUGGAAGAGAAGCUGGAGAUCCUGCAGGGGAAGAUCUCCUUGCUGGAGGACCAGCUGGCGAAGCUGAAGGAGAGCAGCUCUUCCCCGGAGGCGGGAGAGGUCAUGGGGAACGUCCUGCAGCAGCUCGAAGACCUGAAGCAAGAGGUGGCCAGCCUCCAGGGCCAGCAGGCCGAGCUCCAGGCCACCGUGGCCCGUGUUGAAGAGGAGAAGCGCCUGCUGGAAGCCACCCUCCAGACCGACCGGGGCAACUUCGAGGAGGAGAAGCUCCAGCUCACAGGCCUCCUCGGCAGCCUGCAGAGUUCCGUCUCCGAGCUCUCUCGGGCCAGGGAGAAACUGGAGCAGGACUCCCGGGCGCAGGAAGAGCGCUUGACCGCCCAGAUGGACACCCUGACUGCAGAGAUCGCCAAGCUGACGGGCCUCCUUCACCAGAAGGACCAGGAGCUGCUGGCCUGGCACCAGCAGGCCGAGGCGGAGAAAAGCCAGAACGGGCGGCUGCUGGCGGACCUGCAGCAGAAAGAGCAGGCAUCCCGGGCCACCGUCCAAGAGCUGAGCCUCCAGGUGGACCACCUGAAUAGCUCCCUGCAGCAGAGCAAGGAAGCCCUGGCACAGGCGGAAGCGGCAGGCCGGGAAGAGUGCCGCAGGGCUGGCCAGGAGCUGGAGCUGGCGCGGAGGCAGCUGGAGGAGGCGGAAGCGGCGCGGUCCGCUCUAGCUAGUCGCCUACAGACUCUGGAGGAAGCCCGGGCUGCCUCCGCCGCAGAGGCCCAGAGGGAGAGAUCAGAGCUCAGCCAGAAGGUCCAGGAGCUGGAGGCCAGGGUGGCGACCCUCACGGCCCAGUGCCAGCAGAGCGAGGCCCAGGCGGGGGCGGUGCCGGCUCUGAAAGGCCAGCUGCGGGAGGCCCAGCAGAAGCUGGCCGAGCGGGAGAAGGUGGCCAAGGAGAACGCCCGCCUGCAGGAGCGCCUCUUGGUCCUGGAGGAGUCGGUCCGCAACACGGAGGGCAUCCUGGAGGACGAGAAGAGGAGGGCGGCGGAGUCCCUGGAGGGCAACCUCCGGCGGAUCGCCGAGCUGGAGGAGCAGCUCCAGGAACUGGCCAAGCAGCACGACCAGGCCCAGCGGGAAAUGAGCGAGGAGAAGGCCAGGCGGCAGGCCCUGGAGGGGCAGGUGCAGAAGCUGGGGGAGCUCUCCUCGGAAGACAGAGGCCAGCAGGGCAAGCUGGAGGAGAGGAUCCAGGCCCUGCAGCAAGACCGGGAGCAGGCCCGCCAGCAGCUGCGGGCCGAGCAGGAGAAAGCGGCCACGGCGGAAGCCCAGCUGAAGCUUCUGAAAAGCGAACACAAGGAAGCGCAAGCCACGCUGCAGGCUCAGGCCCGGGAGAAGGAGGGGGCUGAGGAGAAGCUCCGGGCCGAGGUGGCCUCUUUGCAGGAGAAAACGGCGGCGGCUCGCCAGGAGGCGGCCCAGAGCAUGGCGAAGGCGAAAGAGGAGGAGCGCAAGGCAGCGCUGGCCCUGGAAGCCCUCACCAAAGAGCUGGCCGCCGAGAGAGACGGCAGGGUGGAGCUGGAGGCCAGGGCACAGCAGUUCAGGGAGCGGAGCCGCAAAGACCUGGCUGCGGCAGAAGCCAGCCUCUCCAGCGUCAAGUCCGCCGUCAAGGAAAAGGAGCAAGAGGCAGAGCAGCUGGCCAGCCAGGUGAAGGCCUUGAAGGGGAAACUGGAGGAAGCCACGGCGCAGCAGAAGCGAGAGCUGGCCGCGCGGGACGAGGAAGCCCGGCGGCUGGCGGGGGAGCAGGAGCGAGCCCAAGCAGAGCUGUCCGCGGAGAAGGCGGGCCGGGCCGCCUUGGAAGUGCAGCUGCAGAAUGUCACGAACGAGAUGCGGGUGGAGGUCUCGGGGCUCCAGGAGGAAGUGGCCCGGGCACGGGGCGCGGUGGAGGAGAAGGAGCGGGAGCUGGAGGAGCUGCGCGUGAAGAACGUCUCCCGCGACGAGGAGCUGCGGGACCUGCAGAAGACCGUGCAGAAGCUGAAAGGCGAGCUGGCCUCGGUGGAGGCACUGAAGGAGCGGGCGGCCAAGAUGGAGGGGGAGCUGCAGGGCUUCCUGGAGGUGGCCAGGACCCGGGAGGCGGAGCUGGACAGCCUCAGAGCCACCCUGGGGGCCAAGAACCGGCAGCUCCAGAGCCUGGAGGAAGAGAAGCGGCGCCAGGAGCAGGAGGCCACCUCCAGGCAGGAGCUCUGCGAAAAGAAGCAGAAGGAGUGCGAGGCGCUCCACGGCCGAGUGGAGAAGCUCGAGCGGCAGUGCGAGGAGCAGCGGGGCGCCGCUGCCAAGCUGGAGAAAGCGGCGGCGGCCUCGGAGCAGCGGCAGGCAGCCGAGUCGGAGGCCUCGCAGCGGGAAGCGGCGCAGCACAAGGAGAAGGCUGCGGAGCUGGAGAAGCUCCUGGCGGCUGCCCGCUCCACGCAGGCCAGCGCCGCCGAGAAGCUGAAGAGGGAGCUCCUGGAGAAAGGGAAGGAGCUGGUCCAGAGCAGAGAGGCCGUGGCGAGGGCCGAGGAGGAGCUGGCGGCCCUACGGGCUCUGGCCCAGGAGAAGGGGAAAUCCGAGGAGAGCUGGAAGGAGCAGAUGUCCCGCUGCCUCCAGGACGCGGAGCGGAAGAACAGCCUCCUCGGCAGCCUGGAGAAGGAGCUGUCCCUCACGCGCCGGCAGCUGCUGGAGAAGGAGGCGGAGAGCAAGGAGAUGCGGCGGCUGGCUGUGGCCGAGUCCGAGAAGAGCAAGAAGCUGGAGGAGCGGCUGCGGCUGCUGCAGUCCGAGAUGGCCACGGCCGCCUCCCGGGCCGCCGAGCGGUGCUCCACCAUGAAGGCCGAGGCCCAGGGCUACCAGAAGCAGGCCGAGGAGCUGCAGGGCUCCUCGGAGGCCCAGAGGAAGGAGCUGAGCGCCCUGGCCAAGCGCGAGGAGGACCUCCGCAAGGAGUUCCGCGCCCUGCAGGAGAAGGCCUUCCAGAAGGAGCAAAUCCUGGUGGCCCUGCAGCAGGAGCUGACCGGCGCCCAGGCCACGAUCGGGGAGCUGGCACCCGUCAAGGGCCUCUACCAGCAGCUGCAGGCCGAGCAGGCGGCCCAGAAGAGCCGGCACCAAGAGGAGCUGGAGCGGCUGUCCAAGGACACCGGCGCUUUGCAGGCGGAGCUGGCCCGCACCAAGCAGGAGCUGGCGGAACUGCUUUCUCUGAAGGAGAGGGUCCCCGAGCAGGAGCGCCGCGUGCAGCAGCUGCAGACGGAGAACGCCGGCUACGCGGAGAGCCUGACUGCUCUGCAGCGGGCCCACGCCCAGCUGGCCGAAGAGAAGCGAACUCUGGCCGAGCAGGCCAGCCACGGGCAGCAGCGCCUGGAUGCGGAGCUGGCCCAGGCCAAGCAGAGGCACGCCCAGGAGCUGGAGGAGGCCAGGCGGGAGGCGGAGAAGCUGGUGGCCGUCAGCAAGAAGGAGGCUGAGGAGGCCCACAAGAAGCUGGAGGGGGUGACAGCCAAGUACGAGGAGGCCAGGCAGAAGCUGCUGGUGCAGGUGGAGCAGCUAGAGCUGUGCCAGAAAGAGACAGCUAAGCAGGCAGAGGAGCUGAAACAGAAGCUGACUCAGCAAGACAAAGCCGGCCAAGCCCAGCAGCAGAAGGCCAAGGUGCAUGAACAGGAGCUGCAGAAGGAACUUGACAAGCAGAAGGAGAAGAUGGCUGACCUCGAGGAACAGCUGACCCAAAAGGAACAAGCUGCUGAGCAUUAUAAGGCCCAGAUGGAGAAGGCCAAAACACACUACGACGCCAAGAAGCAGCAGAACCAGGAGCUCCUGGAGAAGCUGAAAGGACUGGAGCAGCUCGAGAAGGAGAACGCCGAGCUGAAGGGGGAGUCAGAGCGCCUGGCCCAGGAGCUUCAGCGCACCAUCCUGCGGGCCAAGGAGUCGGAGCUCAGCUGCAAGAACCUCUCCAACCGGGUCUGCAGCUUGGAGGCGCAGGUGGAGUUUGCCGAUCGCCAGCUGCGGGAGCAGGGCAAGUUCCAGGUGGCCACAGACACGCUGAAGCAUCGCGAGGCCUUCCGGCAGAACCCGGCAAACAUCAGCCCAGACAGCCUGGACAUGAGCACCAGCGACGAAACUCCACCCCUCAACUCUACCAGGAAGACCCGCCGCUCCCUCUCCGAAUCUGGGGCCGCAGAGCCUUCCAAGGCAUCCCAGCAGCUGCCCCGCAAAGUGGAGUCCCUGGAGAGCCUCUACUUCACGCCCAUCCCCACCCGAGCACGGUCCAAGCUUGGGACCAGCCUCAGUUCUGUGGGCGACGUUUCCUUCGAGUCGGGACGGAAGAGUCUCUCCGCUCGCCGGCGCACCACACAGGUGAUCAACAUCACUAUGAUCAAGAAACAUCCCGAGCCGGAGAGCCCCAACAGCGCCAACGCCUCCUUCUUCAGCGUGGAGUCCGCGGGGUCGCAGGCCAGCGCCCCCAGCCAGGAGUCGGUCAAGACCCGCCUGCGCUCGGCGGCCACCUCCUCCACCCGCUCGCUGGCCAGCCUGCCCUCCCAGGAGUCCCUCGCCAGGCUCAGCGCCUCCUCCCCUGACGACGCAGCGGGCCAUGCCGCCCUGAUGAGCCUGCCCGGCUACCGGCCUACCACCCGCAGUUCCAUGAGGCGCUCCGGGGCCGGAGGGGCGAGCGCCGGGGGACACAGCAGCCUGUACCUGGGAACCUGCCAGGAUGAACCGGAUCACCUGGACGAGUGGAACCGCAUCGCCGAGCUGCAGCAGCGCAACAGGGUGUGUCCACCUCACCUGAAGACCUGCUACCCCUUGGAGUCCAGACCCUCCCAGUCCCUGACCAGCAUCACGGACGAGGAGAUGAAGACCGGAGACCCCAAGGAGACGCUCCGGCGCGCCAGCAUGCUCCCCUCCCAGAUCGCGGAGGGCCCCAUGACCCGCCGCAGCACCCUGAGCUCCGCCUGGGGGGCCGGAGGGGUGGCCACCCGGCAGCAGAGGAAGCGCAGCUUGACGGAGUCCCAGCAGGGGCCCGGCACCCCGGAGGCCAAGAAGUCCUCCAUCUGCUUCCCACGGCCCCAGACCCCCAAGCGGCGGAACGAGGAGGUCAAGCGCGGCUCCCUCGCGGGGGGCAAGAAGGGGGCAGCCCAGGCUGCCGAGAAGCAGACCGAGAGGCGCCAGUCGCUGGCCUUCAGCAUCCUCAACACGCCGAAGAAAAUAGGCAACAGCCUUCUGCGCCGCGGGGCCAACCGGAAAGUGACUCCGAAAAAUUCCCCCCGGGGCAGCAGCCGGAGGUCCCCCAGGACAGCCGCCUCACCCAAGGGCAAGGCCAACUCCAAGUCACAGAAGAGCUCCAGAUUCUAACUGCGCCUCUCCCAUCCCGUGUCCUCCCCGAGGGGAGGGAGCAGGGUGCCACCGCCCCCCGGCCGUCCCCGGAAGCCUCCCCCCUUCGC